AUGUCUAACUCGCCGACUAGAGAAAUCAGCCAUGCAGUCAAAUUCAAUGGCAAGAACUUUCCACUCUGGAAGUUCGGAUGCUGGCUCAAACUCGAACAGCACAACCUUGUGCAGAUUGUCAAUGGAACCGAACAAAUUCCAGAACAGGAUUUCAAUGAAGACGGCGAAGUGGUCAACUUCGAAGCCAUCAAAGAUUGGGCAAGAAGGGACAUACUUGCUCGUAAUUACCUGAUUGCUACGAUUGAACAUCAGCAACAAAGGACUCUCAUUAACUGUCAUACUGCUCACGAGAUGUGGACGCGCCUGUCCGCACAGCACCUUCAAGAUGCCGCAGAGAAUCAACACGUGUUGCAGCAUAGAUUCUACGAAUAUCAAUAUCAACCCAGUCAUGAUAUUAUAUCUCACAUCACUGAGAUUGAAACCCUGGCGUCAUAACUUAGCGACGUCGGAGCAGCCAUGACAGAAAUCCAGAUAAUGACGAAGAUAAUCUGCACAGUCCCUCCAAGCUACCGCAACUUUGCAACAGUAUGGGACAGCGUGCCAGUCGAUGAACGUACAAUCUCCCUUCUCACAUCUCGCCUUCUGAAGGAGGAGUCAAACUCCGCUCGCUGGUCAAGAGGACAACAAGACGCAGGGGACGCUGCGUUAUUUGCCCAAAACUACCCCAAUGUCAAUCCCACGAACCAACAAGGCAAUCGUGGAGGUAGAGGAAGGUAUGAGCGAGGCAGAGGUGAUCGAGG